AUGGAUGGUGGCAUUACUUCCUUAUUACAAGACAGGAAUCACAAAGCUACAGCUACAGCUACUACAACCAUCCAAGUUUUACAUCAUUACUCAAGCCAUAAAAAGCAGAUUACCGUGUACAACCUUACCAGCGCAGGAAAUGGUUAUGCAGGUGUCCAUAUUAAAGAUCUUGAUAAUUAUUCAAAGUAUCGAACUUUACCACCCACAACAUCAAUGAUCCAGUACAGUGACGACAUGAUACGUUUUAAUUGA